AUGACGACUGCCUUCUGCGAGGUCUUGAAGCAGAUGCGGGGCAGAGUCUCGUACAGCGACCUGAUCAACCAGCUGACCGACACCAUGAAGAAGCGGAAGUUCUCCCAGCGGCCCCAGCUCACCACGAGCCAGAAGUUCCCCUUCGACCGAGCGUUCUCGCUGACCGACGUCGCGAUGAACAGCAACCCAGAGCUCGGGCGCAAGGUUCGGAAGAAGUUCAAGCCGAACCCCCUUGCCGGCCCGGCCUCCACCGCCGGCGAGCUGGGGCGGCUGCUGCAAGAGGCGGGGCUCUCCCCGGGGAUGGCCGACAUGGGCGGGAAGCUGCUCGUGGCUGCGAUGGGUGCCCUCUUCAAGUAG